CAGUAUCCAAUCAGGGAAAUGGGGCGGAGCCGUAAACUGACUCCACACAGGUGGAAGCGACUCCCUGAACCGGUGGGGCGACCUGUUGGGCUGCACUCUGAGGCUUUGUGGCUUCUGUGUUGCUUAUUAAGCUUCAUCAAGAUGAAAAAGGUGGUUUUGGUAACGGGAGCAAAUAGUGGCAUCGGCCUGGCGCUGUGCGAGCGUCUUCUCUCCCGGGACUCGGAGGAUCUCCGGCUGUGCCUGGCCUGCCGGAGCGUGACCCGGGCCGGUGCUGCCCGCUCGGCCCUGCUGGCCUCCCACCCCUCAGCUCAGGUGGACCUGCUGCCCAUGGACACCAGCAGCGUCUCCUCCGUCCUGGACGCCGCACGGGAGGUCAAACUCAGGUACGGCCGACUGGACCACCUCUACCUGAAUGCAGGCAUCAUGCCAAACCCACAGUUUGAUGCAAAGGCCUUUUUCAAAGGGCUCUUCUCCAGUGAGGCCAUCACUAUGUUUGCCACCGGUGGGGGGAUUCUCACGCAGAAGGACGAGGUCACCGCCGACGGCCUGCAAAACAUUUUUGCGACCAACCUCUUUGGCCACUUCCUCCUUGUCAGGGAGCUGGAACCGGUCCUGUGCCAGCCGGGCCGGACAUCGCGGCUGGUUUGGACCUCCUCGAGCAACGCCCAUCGCUCGGCCUUUAAUCUUGAAGACAUCCAGCACCAGAAAGGCACUCAGCCCUACAGCUCCUCCAAAUACGCCUCAGACCUGCUCAGCCUGGCGCUCAACGCGCACUACAACAAACAGGGUUUGUACUCCUCUGUCAUUUGUCCUGGUUUUGUGAUGACCAACCUGACAUACGGCAUCCUGCCCACAUUCCCGGCCUUCCUCUGGACACUGCUCAUGCCUGUCUUUUGGUUGAUAAGAAUUUUCACAAACACUUUCACACUGACUCCUCAAAACGGAGCUGAAGCCCUGUUUUGGCUCUUCAGGCAGAAGCCCGAAUCUCUGGACCCCUAUGCGAAGUACCACAGUUUAACAUCAGGGUUUGGAAUCAGCUACACACAGCCACGCAAGAUGGACAUUGACUUGGAAACGGCAGAGUCCCUGUAUGAGAAAUUACUGCAACUAGAACGUGAUGUAAGAGGCAAAUUUGAGGGAGAAGCAAAACUAGGUUCGACAUCCUAACAGACGACCCGCCUGCAGGACCCGAAUUAUGAAGCAUGAGCAUAGAUUUCUUUCCUGUUUGCAAUCCACCCAGCCGUGUAGUGUCUUCUCCUCACACUGAAAUAUGGAUGUCAGCAUUUACAGCAGGCUGAAAAUUUCACUGUCACUGUUUCUGAAGCUGAGGAACUAUCUGUGUUAUAGCAGACUCAUCAGAGUUGGUGAAGUUACUUUGAGAAAGGACGCACAAUAAAAAAUAAAAGCAACAGUUCUUUUCUACUAAAUCCCAGUGCGAUUGUGUUUUUUUCCUAAAUAUAACAUCAAAGAUAAUAAUUAAUAAGUGUAUGUUGCCUCGGUCUCGUGAAGAUGGACUGCGUCUGCGCUCACGGUUCAGACGACCACGAAAGCUCUGUCCACAGUCAUGUCAAUCCUG